AUGAGCUUCUUUGACCCACAAGCGCACUCCCCGCCGCGCUGCAGCCCCCAGUUCCCAAACAUCGGCCAAGAGCCCCCGGAGAUGAACAUCUACUACGAGAACUUCUUCCAUCCGCAGAACAUCCCGAGCCCCCAGCGACCCAGCACCUUUGAGACCACGGAUUACAGCAGCACUCCCAAUCCUUACCUCUGGCUAAAUGGACCUUCCAUUACCCCCCCACCGUACCUGCCAGGAUCCAACACCAGCCCCUUCAUCCCGCAGUCGUACGGGAUGCAGAGGCAGCUCUUGCCCAACAUGCACAGCUUGGGAGGAACCGACCUGGGCUGGCUUCCCCUGCCGUCCCAAGAGGAGCUGAUGAAGUUGGUGAGACCACCUUACUCCUACUCUGCCCUCAUUGCCAUGGCCAUCCACGGGGCACCUGACAAGAGGCUGACUCUGAGCCAGAUCUACCAGUACGUGGCCGACAACUUCCCGUUCUACAACAAAAGCAAAGCUGGCUGGCAGAAUUCCAUACGGCACAACUUGUCUCUCAACGACUGCUUCAAGAAGGUGCCUCGAGAUGAAGAUGAUCCAGGAAAAGGGAAUUACUGGACGCUGGACCCAAACUGUGAAAAGAUGUUUGACAAUGGAAACUUUCGCAGGAAGAGAAAGAGGAAGUCUGACAUCGAGGCCAGUGCUGCUGCUCUUACAUCUGAGAAAUCUGAGGACAGUACCCUGACUGGCAGCCCCAAAGCUGCAGAGCAUCAGGAUAUCUUGGAAAACUCAUCACCUGGGACUGACAAUUCACCUGAGAAAGGAUCUCCUCCUCCCUCUUCCAGCAGCCCGUGCCUCAGUAACUUCCUCUCCAGCAUGACCGCCUAUGUCCACGGCUCCAACUCGGGGAGCCGCUCCGGCCCCAUGGGACUCAGCUCUGAACCCAUUGACAAAAUGGGGCAGAACAUGGUAGGCUUCAACUCCUACUCCCCACUCUCCAGUAUCCCCAGCCACGGUGUGGGGGACUGGUCCAAUUCCAUGCCCUCCGCUCACCUUGGCCACAGCAACUCGGUGCUCAACCAGUUUAACACCCAUUUUUACAGCAGCCUCAGCACAAACAACACCCUGUACUCCAGAGAAGGGACAGAGGUUUAGAGGAAGGAUUCUAGGACACUUGAGGAUAGUUAUUUCUGAGAGGAAAUGAUCCAUGGGCAGGUGAUUAACAU